AUGACCAUACUGGACGAACAAGCAGACUUCGACGAUCAGAAAUCCGUUCCGCCCUCGAAACAGUCUCAUGACAGUCCUGCUUCCGAGAAAAGCAGUCCAGAAUCAACUCGCGUACAGACCGUGCCCCGUCUUUCAAACAAAGUGAUAGCGGUCCAGCGUCAAAAGGACGCGUGUGACGAAAUGUGGAGGGAGCUCACGGCCGACCACCCAACGAAUUCCGCCGAGGCCGCGCGCGCCCUGGCGGAGGGUGACGACGAGUACUGCCGUCAGGCGGUGCGCCUCUACCUGAUGGCACGCACCCUCAAUAGGGAAAUUUACGCCAUCGAGGUGGCGUGUCGCCGUUCCGGGACCACCGUGGGUCCACCGACUCUCGCGCCGCGCUCAACACAGGACUACCAAGGCAUGUUGCUCUCCGAGCAGUUGCGCUCGUUGGGUCGUCAUCCCGUGCAGAGCCCCUCACAGCGCCUUCAAGAAUCGCUGGCGAAGAUAUGCCACUUUCGCGGCCAGUACAAUCCCAACACACAUGGGUGGGUUCUUGAUUGA